AUGCGCUCCCUGCCCUGGCCCCGCAGCCUGGUGGUUGCUGCAGGACUGUGGUGGCUGGUGUCUCCCGGGCACGGACAUCCACCUAUGCACAGCUCUCCUUGUACGGGCUGUCAGAAUGAGUGCACAGCUGGAGGAUGUUCAGGAGAAACAGGAAAGCACAUGACUGAAUCUUUCAAGGCUUCAGACUUGAUUAUUACCCCAGCUACAACUUUCAAAGAAAAACCAGACCCCAGUGGUUUGGUAUUUGGGACUGUGUUCACUGAUAACAUGCUGACAAUUGAAUGGUCCUUGGCCUCAGGAUGGGAGAAACCUUACAUUAAGCCACUUGAGAACCUUUCGCUGCAUCCAGCCUCCUCAUCCCUGCACUACGCUGUGGAAUUGUUUGAAGGAAUGAAGGCUUACCGAGGAGUGGAUGGCAAAAUCCGCCUGUUCCGCCCAGCCCUCAACAUGGACAGGAUGGCACGGUCAGCAAGACGAGCAACCCUGCCAUGUUUUGACCAGAAUGAGCUGUUGGAGUGCAUUCGGAAGCUUGUGGAAGUGGAAAAGGAGUGGGUCCCAUACUCGACCACUGCCAGCCUGUACAUCCGUCCUACCUUAAUUGGAACUGAGCCCUCCCUUGGAGUGAAGAAGCCAACUAAAGCCCUACUGUAUGUCAUACUGAGCCCUGUGGGCCCCUACUUCGCAAGUGGAAGCUUUAAUCCAAUAUCCUUGUGGGCAGAUCCAAAAUACGUAAGAGCCUGGAAAGGAGGAACGGGGGACUGCAAACUGGGAGGGAAUUAUGGUUCUUCUAUUUACGCCCAGCAAGAAGCCCUGGAGUUAGGCUGCCAGCAGGUUUUGUGGCUCUAUGGAGAAGAUCACCAAAUAACCGAAGUUGGAACAAUGAAUCUGUUUCUCUACUGGAUAAAUGAAGAUGGAGAAAAUGAGCUGGCAACCCCACCCUUAGAUGGCAUCAUCCUUCCAGGAGUGACAAGACAAAGCAUUUUGGAUCUCGCCCGUGACUGGGGAGAAUUUAAAGUGUCUGAGCGAUACAUCACCAUGAGUGACCUGACAGCUGCCUUGGAAGAGAACAGAGUAAAGGAGAUGUUUGGUGCUGGAACAGCUUGUGUUGUAUGUCCUAUCUCUAAAAUUUUAUAUAAGGGCAAGCAUUUGCACAUUCCAACUAUGGAGAAUGGACCUCAGUUAGCAACCCGUUUCCUGAAUAAGCUGAGUGAUAUCCAGUAUGGAAGAGAAGAUAGCGAUUGGGCAGUGCUGGUGUCAUGAAGGUGGAAGAGUUCAGACCCUCCAGGCAGAACAGAUGUGAAUAACCACAACUUCUGUAGCUGCCAGCGUGUAGCAUAGUUCCUGUAUCAGUUUGCUCCUCAGGAUGAUUGUUUCCACAAUCCGGCGAAUGUGAACACAAUCAUUUUGAUUUCUACUGUAAUCCUGUUGGUAGAAGCCUGUCUUCUUGGUAGAGGUGCUAAAUGUUAGCAAUAGUACUUUCCUAAUGGUUUUCUUAGUGCCUCCUUUUGUCUUAUGUACAGUCUGAAAACUUGCAAAACGCUCUUCAACUGCU